AUGAGUUCUCUUCGUGGUAGCGGUGGGAUUGGUGGCGGCGGUGGUGGCAGCAGUGAGAGUGGUGGCAGCAGCCGUAGUGGCAGUCGCGGUGGAGCUGUUCGGUGCGGAGUUUCUGGCGGUGGCCAGGUGCAGCUGCAGCGGCGUCCGCACGAGACCCUUACGCCCCAGCGGCUUCGUGAGUGUUCUUGCACGUUCCUCCACUGUUCUCCCAUGUCCGGCGGUUCCGCCCGGUUCACUGUCAGGUUUCCACCUCCCCUCGUUCUCGACGAACUUGCCUGCAUCAGUGGACAGGGCCGUGAGCGGUACUUUUUGCUGGUUGUUGACGACUACUCGCAUUACACCACGGUCUUCCCCUUGCGCACCAAGGGUGAGGUCCCUGAUGUCUUGAUCCCCUGGAUCGGUGCUGUCCGUCUUCAGCUCCGCGAGCGGUUCCACCAGGACCUUCCUGUCCUGCGUCUGCACUCUGACAGAAGUAGUGACUUCUCCUCCCACCUCCUGCGGGACUUUUGUCGUGGGGAGGGCAUCCUCCAGUCGUUCACGCUUCCGGCCUCCCCGCAGCAGAAUGGGAUUGCUGAGCGCCGCAUUGGCUUAGUCAUGGAGGGUAGGUUGGCGAUGCGUCGCGAUUCCGGGUCUGGGGCUCACGUGCCUUUGUCCGCGAUAGCUCCUCGGACAAGCUCUCCUCUCGUGCCAUUCCCUGCGUCUUCCUUGGCUUUCCCCCUGACGGGCCUGGCUGGCACUUCGCGCCGUGUCUUCCCCUCUCAGGACGUCACGUUUGACGAGUCGGUUCCCUUUUACCGUCUCUUCCCCUACCGCACUGCCCCUUCCCCCCCCCCCCGCCGCUCUUCCUCGCUCCAGCCUUUCGUGGUCACUGGUGACUCAGGUGCUGCUGGGGGUGGUCCUGCUCGGGGUGCUGCGUCUGGGGGUGCUGAGCCUGAGCGUGUGGAGCCUGGGGGUGCUGAGCCUGCGGGUGCGGAGCCUGGGGGUGCUGAGCCUAGGGGUGCUGCGUCUGGGGGUGCUGAGCUUGCUGGUGUUGAGUCUGGGAGUCCUGUGCCUGGUAGUGCUGCGUCUGCUGGAGGUCCUCUGAGUGCCUCGCCGCAGCGGUCUGGCCAGCAGGAGCCCCUCUCACCACAGCAGCUGCGCGAGUGGUUUGCUCAGCGCACACGCCUUCGGAGUCGCGCCGCUGGUGACUCAGGUGCUGCUGGGGGUGGUGCUGCUCGGGGUACUGCGUCUGGGGGUGCUGAGCCUGCGGGUGCGGAGCCUGGGGGUGUCGAGCCUGAGCGUGCGGAGCCUCGGAAUGAUGAGCCUGUGCGUACGGAGACUGAGCGUGCUGAGCCUGGGGGUGCUGAGCCUGGGGGUGCUGCUUCUGGGAGUGCUGAGCCUAGUGAUUCUGCGUCUGCUGGUGGUCUUCCGGGAGUCGGGCUGCUGGAGCUGGAGGCGCUAGUACUGGAGGCGCUGGAGCUGGAGGCGGUGGAGCUGGAGGCGCCAGAGGUGGAGGCGCUGGAGCUGGAGGUGCUAGAGCUGGAGGUGCUACCACUGGAGGCGCUGGAGCUGGAGGUGCUGGAGCUGGAGGCGCUGGAGCUGGAGGCACUAGAGCUGGAGGUGCUGGAGCUGGAGGUGCUGACACUGGAGGUGCUUGAGAUGGAGGCGCUGGAGCUGGAGGCACUGGAGCUGGAGGCGCUGGAGCUGGAGGCACUGGAGCUGGAGGUGCUGGAGCUGGAGGUGCUGGAGCUGGAGGCGCUAGAGCUGGAGGCACUGGAGCUGGAGGCGCUGGAGCUGGAGGCGCUGGCGCUGGAGGCACUGGUGCUGGAGGUUCUUAGUCUUCCUUCGUCCACUGCCCUUCCUCAUGGCUCGCCGCUGCCUGCCCCGUCUCGUUACACUCAGCAGCCGGUCUCCCUUACAAAGCGUCGUGAGCCUGCAACUCACCCUGUCUCCCCUGUUCGCGCUGUUCGCACCGCUCGUCGUGUCCCGUGUCCGCGUCCUCCUCCUGUGCCAGGCACUCACACUAUGGCACUUCGUCCCUCCUCUGCUCCACAGCGCGUCCCGCUGCCGUCUCCUCCUGCGUCCUCUCUUCCUGAGCUUCCUGACCCUGAGUCUGAUCGUGUUCGUGCUGCUAGCCCCACUUUCACGCGUCUUCUGGCUACUGUCGUCACUGACCCGUCGUUUGAGUCUACUGCUGCGUCUGCCUUAGUUGCUAAGCUUGUGGACUUUGCUGCUGCGUGUCGUCUAGACUACGCUGCUAGUCUGGUUGCUGAGUCUGAGUCUGUCUGUCCUCCGUCCGUCGGGGUUGAGUGUGCUCUUGGCACAGACGUCCUUGAGGACAGGCAGGAGGACUUUGAGUCUCUUGCGGCUGCUGUACCUCAUCUCGUGGCCUGGCUGCUUGCACCUGAGGGAGACCCGGAUGCACUGGACAUCCCGACCCCGCGCUCUUACGUAGAGGCGAUCUCGGGUCCCUACUCCUCUCAGUGGCAGACAGCCAUGGACGCAGAGAUGGCAUCCUGGAAGUCCACAGGCACCUACGUCGAUGAGGGAGUUGACUUCUUCCAGACCUUCUCCCCCACCCCGAAGAUGACUACUCUUCGGGUGCUGCUGCACGUUGCCGCUCAGCGUGACUACGAGCUUCACUCUCUGGACUUCAGCACAGCCUUCUUACAGGGUAGCCUGCACGAGGAGAUCUGGCUGCGCCGCCCACCUGGCUUCACUGGGACGUUCCCUCCUGGUACCCAGUGGAGCCUCUGGCGGCCAGUCUAUGGUCACUGUCAGGCGCCUCAUGAGUGGCACGACACACUGAGGACAACACUUGCGGCUCUUGGGUUUGCUCCUUCCACUGCUGACCCGUCACUGUUUCUUCGCCGUCGCCGUUCUACAUCCUCGUGCAUGGGGCUCGUGCUUGGAGGACGGGGUGACGUUGUCCUCAUUGGACACUCAGACGCGUCUUGGGUUGACGACUUGGCUACGCAGCGGUCGUCACAGGGUUACACCUUUAGCCUUGGUUCCGAUUCUGUCUCUUGGUGGGCUACCCGUUCUUCUUCUGUUCUCAACUCCAGUUGUGAGGCUGAGAUCUACGCUGCAGCCAUGGCUGCACAGGAGUUACGCUGGCUCACCUACCUGCUGACUGACUUGGGAGAGCGGCCUUGUUCUCCUCCAGUUCUGUACGUCGACAACAAGGCUGCCCUCGCCUUAUGUGAGGAGCACAGACUGGAGCACAGAACGAAGCACAUCGCUCUGCGUUACUUCCUUGCUCGAGAGGUGCAGCAGCGGGGCCAGCUUCCUCUUUCUUACGUGGACACGCUGGCCAACACAGCUGAUGUCUUCACCAAGGCACUUCCGCCUAGUGAUCAUCAGCGUCACUGCACUGCUUUAGGCCUCGUGCCUACGUUCUCUCACUUGCUCACUGCUUGA